UACAUUCAUAUCUCGCGUAUAUGUCAACCAGAAAUGUCACGGGUUGGAAAAAAAGUCAGGGGUCUGUGGUCGUUAGGGUUUGGGUCAUUCAGAGUGAUUAAAAGAGAAAAGGUCGGAUUUCAGGUGUCAGAUCGGAUUUUCAAAAUUUUCUUCGAUCAAGGUCUAGAGAUCGAGAUGGACCUGGCAUGGGACCGAGGCUUGGGUUUUCCUGUACCCAGAGUCAGGUCCAGGCAUUUUUUGACCUUCCUGGGUUGUUCCUGGACUAGGAGUUUUCCUGGACUACAGGCCCAGGAUCCGGCCCAGGUCAAUAAAUCAAACUACAGAGUCCAGGAACAGGUCCAGGCUUUGCAAAUCUUAAUCUCUACAGGGUUCGAAUCGAAAAAAAGUCGGGGUGCUUUGAAGUGUUUCGAGGGGUUUCGGUAUCCCGUAAUAUCCCUAAUCUAUACCUUAAAUCGAGUGUUAGAUAAAUCGAGAAAAAAUUCAGGAAGAAAUGUAAGUUCUGAACCUACGAGAAGGUUAGUUAUUUUGAAAGGAUUCGAGAGAAUUAAAGAUUAA